AUGAUCGCCGCAGCCCUCCGUCAGAGCCCGAUCAUCGCUGUCGAUAUGGCCAACUCCACCACAACGACGCCUUUGACCACCACAAGCGUUAGCACUGGCGUCAACAACGGCGCAGACACUAACACAGGUGCCACAGCUCCCGAGCUAAGCGACCUCGACUACUUCAUCACUGUACUCCAAUUGCCGCAUGGUCGAACGGAGAACCAGAUUGAGGAUGACCUCGUUUCCAAGGCGAACGCCCUCGGUAUCUCAAGUGCGCCCGUUACUGAUAAGCGUAUCACCUCAAGCGUCGAGUCAGCCUCGACAGUCUACAAUGCUCGAACAUUUUCUAUGCUCUCUGCCGGAUCCACGAGUACCGCUCUGACCACGCAUUCAUCUAUCUUUGGCCCAUCUACACCUGAUUUGGCGCUUUCCAGUGCCCGACAAUCCAAGGAUCUGAGCUUUUCCCAGUAUGAUCGCUAUCUAUCAGUGAUCGAUCCUCACCACAACAACGUAAAAGCUGCAAGGGACUCACAAACGCCCGAUGCCACUGCUCAGAGUAUAUUCAGCGGUAAGACGAAACGCAGCCUUUUCAGCGUUAGGUCGGGCUUCAGAUUACGAUGGAGGAAGAAGGCAUCCCCGCAGCCACUCCAGGCCAUAUUGACCUGUGCGAGCUGCCGUGCGGACUUCAAGAGCUCCAAAUCAUUACACAGCAUCUCAUGUGGCCACACAUAUUGCGAUAACUGCCUAAGAUCGCUCAUCCAUACAGCCAUGUCCGACGAAUCGAGCAUGCCACCGAGAUGCUGUGCUCAGCCAUUGCCGGGAUCCUUGAUGAGGGAUCUUCUCAGUCGCGACGCCCAGCAGGAGUUUAUGAAGGCCAUUAUACAAUACAGCACACCCUGGCAGGCAAGGAUAUUCUGUUCCAACCCUUCAUGCGGAGGAUUCAUUCCACCACAUCAAAAAUUGAACCCCAAGUAUCCUUCCACUGUUACUUGCCGCAAAUGCAACACAAGAGUUUGCCUUAUGUGUAAACAUAACGCACAUCCGACAGGUAAGGACUGUCCGGAAGAUUGGGAACUCGACCAGGUUAUCAAGGAAGGGGGCAAAGCUGGUUGGAAACGGUGUUACAAAUGCCAGAACUUGGUGCCACUUGAAGAAGCCAGUACACAUAUGACUUGUCGGUGCAAAUCUCAGUUCUGCUACACAUGCGGAGGUGUGUGGGAUGCCAAUACUGGGUGCCCGAACGAUUGUGAUGGGGAGGAGGAGAUGGACCGGAGGAGAACGGAGGAACAGGCUCAACUCGCCGAAUAUGAAGACGAGAAGGCCGCACAGGAAGCAGCCGCUGCAGCGGCAUCUGCCGAGCGCCUCGAAGCCGAAGAACGAACGAGAAACAAUGCUGAUUUCUCCCACCUCGCCGAGAUGCAUCGGCAAGAACUUAGACGGUUCCUCGAAUUCGCUGAACAGGGUAGGGAGCACAUGAGGACACGGUUUGUCGAGCAGAAAAGUUCGAUGAUGAAACGACAUGCCGAGCUCAAGGAGAGCAUGAAAGAAAAACACGCGAGGACUGUGAGCCAAUUGGAGGAUCGGCAGGUAGCUGCCGAGAUGGACCUGAGAAACACUCUGGAAGCGAGUGAACGAAGUGUCAGGAUUCGACUGAAGCAUAUGGAAGCUUACUGUGAUGGAUUGGGACGCAAUGGUGCGAGCUCAAGCCCGGGCUCGGACUCCCAACCACAUCGAGUGGUUACGGAACGCGAUCUUCGAGAGCUCGGGCAACAGUACAAUAUUCGCGAUGGCAUGGAAAGAUCACACCAGGCCAAGAUUAAUGUGAUGAGGGAUCGCCAGGCUAAACGCAUGGAAGAACUCAUCGACCGACAAGAGGCUGAGUACGAAACCUUACUCGAGCGGAAUCGACAGGAACUCAUAGAGUUGGAUGCUCAGGCGGUCCUGGAGGAAGAAACACUGGUGCACACAUUCACGGCACGAAAAUCUAAGCUUGUGCGUCGGUGGGAACUUGCCAUCGGGAUCUUGCGCAAGGAGCUCGAAGACCAAGACGGUGUCAAGUACGCACCAAUUCCCACACCAACAUGGCCUGAACAAACAUCACAGGUCCUUGUUGGAUAG